AUGCGUAUUCAACGGCUCUUCAUCUACCCGAUCAAAUCCCUCCUCCCGGUCGAACUUGCCGAGGCAGAAAUCACGUCGACGGGACUGAAAUAUGAUCGGUCGUUCAUCCUCAUUAAAGAUACCGACCAUGCAGACGUUGAGGCCCCCAGUCCGGCGGUACAGGAACAUCUGACUAUCAAAACCCUGUCAAAGCUGUGUUUGUUCCAGCCGUCAAUUCGGUUCUGCAAUGGAACAACUUCGUCUGCAUUACUGAGCGUUACGCACACGCUCAGUGGCGAAGAGAUCGAGUUUCCACUUACACCCACAUCACAGUUUCUGGGUAAGGCAAAUGAGUAUAUCGUCGAGCUCUUUGGCACGAGAGCUGUGGGUGAAGACAUGGGUCAUGAAAUCGCGGGGUGGUUUUCAAAGCAUCUAGGGGAGAAAGCAAGGCUGCUGUAUAUGGUUGGCGGCAGCACAGGGACGCGAGAUUGCCCCGCUCCAGCACUCAUUCCACGCAAAUCAAAACAGCGGACAGGAUUCCUGUCCUGGAUGAAGGUUCAAGAUGAAGAACUUCAUGCCCAAAAGAUUCAGUUUGCCGAUGCAGCGCCUCUCUUGAUUACGACGGUAAGCUCCGAAACGGACGCGAGGGAACGGGUUUCCAAGAACGUGGUAGGCGAUGAGGACGGAGAAGAGGAUGUGAUCAUUCGUUUUCGCUCCAAUAUACACAUCGACAAUGUCUCUGGCCGUGGAGACAACGACAACCCCAAUGGCGAUGAGGAUGACAAGAAACGGUCGGCGCCCUAUGCAGAGGAGAAUUGGAAGACCCUUAAAAUCAUCCUCAUUAGACUCGGCGAGGACACCCGCGAUGAUAUAGGACCCCCAGUGAGUCUCGAUCUGGUCUUCAACACGGUGCGCUGCAUGUCUUUAAAUGUUGACUUCCGCACCGGUGGCACUGUCCCGCCCGAGAGGCAGCUCUACAAACUCCUCGCCAAGGACAGGAGAGUCAAUUCGGCAUUUCCCUACAGGCCGUGUUUUGGAAGGUACGCUUUUGCGGAGCCGUUUGGGACGAUUAUAAGGGUAGGCGAUCAGGUACAGGUGAUGGAAUGGUGUUGA